CUGAAACACAAUCUGGCUCCAGCAUCGCUCCUCCUCAACUUUGCUCACGUGUGCUCACACACCCAUAAACACAUGAAGAAGCCGUCCUUCUCACACACAUCCUGGCAUCCAAGCAUCCUUUCAGGUCAGGACUGAUAUGACUUGAAGGCAGGUUUAGAGGGAUUUACCAUAGACAGCAUAAUUUUUGAUUCACUUCUUUGGAAGCAGUGUUUGGAGCUGUGUACUAGAGUGGAUGACGCCUGUUGAUCUGUCCAUAAAUGCAGCACUGGUGCAGGUUAAGGGGAGGAGGGAGUUUUAUGCUAGAGUUUUAGGAUGGCCAGUGAAGGCACCACUCUUCCUAGUCCCGUUGUUCGCCAAAUUGACAAGCAGUUCUUGAUCUGCAGCAUAUGUCUGGACCGCUACGAGAACCCGAAAGUACUGCCCUGCCUGCACACCUUCUGUGAGAGGUGUCUGCAGAACUACAUCCCGGUCCAUAGCCUAACCCUGUCGUGCCCUGUUUGCCGCCAGACCUCGAUCCUUCCGGAGAAGGGUGUGGCGGCAUUGCAGAAUAACUUCUUCAUCACCAACCUGAUGGACGUGCUGCAGCGGGCACCAGACAGCUGCAGCCAGGAGGCCGCCACUCUCAACAACAUCACCACUGUGGCUACAGGCCAGCUGCUCUCCUGCCCCAACCAUGGAGGCAGUGUCAUGGAGUUUUACUGUCCUCCAUGUGAGACAGCCAUGUGUCAAGAGUGCACAAGUGGUGAGCACGGAGAGCACCCCACCGUACCUCUUAAAGAUGUUGUGGAGCAACACAAGGCCUCAUUACAGGACCAACUAGAUGCUGUCAAGAAGAGGCUGCCAGAGAUCAACUCAGCCCUGUUGACGCUGUCAGAGAUUCUACAACAACUGACCAAUCAGAAGAGCUCCAUUGAGGAUGACAUCCAUACCACCUUUGAUGAGCUGCAGAAGACCCUCAAUGUCCGCAAGAGUGUAUUACUCAUGGAGCUGGAGGUCAACUAUGGGAUCAAGCAGAAGGUGCUCCAAGCCCAACUCGAUGCCCUGCUGCAGGGCCAGGAGGGAAUCAACAGUAGCUGUAACUUCACGGAGCAGGCCCUGAGCCACGGCACCGAGGCUGAAGUUCUGCUGGUGAAGAAGCAGAUGGGUGAGCGUCUCAUCGAACUGGCCUGCCAGGACCUACCUCUGCAGCCUGGAGAGAACAACCAGCUGGAUUUCCUUGUGGAGACAGAGGGACUAAAGAAGUCCAUCCACAAUUUGGGCACAAUCGUAACCACAAAUGCCGUAGCCUCUGAGACAGUGGCAACAGGUGAAGGGUUACGGCACUGUAUGGUGGGUGUGCCUACAUCCAUCACCAUAACCACAAAAGACAAAGAUGGAGAGCUGUGCAAGAUGGGUAACGCAGUCAUCGCUGCUGAAAUCUCUUCACCUGAUGGAAACAAAGGUGAAGGCGAAAUACUGGACAACAAGAAUGGCACUUAUGAGUAUUUGUUCUCUGCUCCUAAAGAAGGCACUUAUAAUCUGUCACUGCGUUUAUAUGACCAACACAUAAAAGGAAGUCCAUUUAAAAUAAAAGCCACCAAAUCCAUUGAUGUGUCGCCAACUUCAGACGGCACGAAGAAGAGGCUAAAGUCUCCAGGCAGUGGGCACAUCAAGCAGAAAGCCUUCAAGAGGCCGGCCAGUAUGUACAGCACGGGGCGGAGGAAAGAGAAUCCCAUUGAGGAUGAUCUCAUUUUCAGAAUUGGAACAAAAGGAAGAAACAAAGGGGAGUUCACUAAUCUGCAGGGAGUGGCAGCCUCCUCUAUGGGAAAAGUGCUGAUAGCAGACAGCAACAACCAGUGUGUUCAGAUUUUUUCCAAUGAUGGCCUCUUCAAAAGUCGUUUUGGCAUCAGGGGCAGAACUCCAGGUCAGCUGCAGCGACCAACAGGUGUGGCUGUCCACCCCAACAGUGACAUCAUCAUCGCCGACUAUGACAACAAAUGGGUCAGCAUCUUUUCAAGUGAAGGCAAGUUUAAGAACAAGAUUGGUUCGGGGAAGCUGAUGGGUCCUAAAGGUGUAGCAGUGGACAGAAACGGCCACAUUAUCGUGGUUGACAACAAGUCCUGCUGCGUCUUCAUCUUCCAGGUCAACGGCAAGCUGGUCACCAAGUUUGGUAACCGUGGCAAUGGUGACAGGCAGUUUGCAGGUACACUCAAUGGCCCCCACUUUGCUGCUGUUAACAACAACAAUGAAAUCAUUGUGACAGAUUUCCACAACCACUCAGUCAAGGUGUUCAACACAGAGGGGGAAUUCUUGCUGAAAUUUGGUUCCAAUGGUGAAGGCAACGGCCAGUUCAAUGCCCCCACUGGAGUGGCUGUGGAUGUCAAUGGGAACAUUAUAGUAGCAGACUGGGGCAACAGUAGGAUUCAGGUGUUUGAUGGCAGCGGUUCUUUUCUCUCUUACGUAAACACCUCAGCAGAUCCACUCUACGGUCCACAGGGACUGGCGCUCACCUCCGACGGUCACGUUGUGGUCGCUGAUUCCGGCAACCACUGCUUUAAAGUCUACCGCUACCUGCAGUAGCCCAUCCCUCCUCAAUACACAACCUGUGUGGUGUAUAUAUAUACAAAGACUCACACACAGAACUAUAAGAGGCCAGAAGAUUUUGCACUCCACUCACCCAUUCAACCUUGAAUGGUGUUGACACUGUGCUGUCUGUUUGACGUUUUCUCUUGUGUUUCAUUCCUGAUGCUGAAGAAACGAUGGAAUCAUUUAUGGUGCGAAUGAAGUGAGAGGAUCUUUGGUGUCCACAGCAGCCACCUGCUGAUUGGUACUUUGGAGAGUCACUCAUAAUCUUGUUCACAUUCCAUCUAAAGUGUGUUGGGUUGAAAACGGAAGCUUUAAUAGUGUGUACAUGGUAGAGAUGUGACAUGUCCUCACACUGCAGAGAACUGGAAAUUAACAGUGGUGCACUUGGUUCUGAAAAUGACUUGGCUUGUUAAGUGAGAUUAAAAUUGAAGUAAACUGUACCUUAGUCAUUUAAGAAGUAGUGGAUUAUAGGAACUAUUACUGCAGCUUCUUGUUAAAAUGCCCUUACAAAUCCUCACAAUUUGCCUGUUCAGUAUAACAUAAAUUUAUUGCACCUACUGCACUGUAGGUAGUAGAAUGUUCUGGGCAUGAUUAGGCAUCUUUUUGCAUGUUGUUUUUACUAACAAACUUAGAAACUUCCACUCAACAUCACAACAGAGUUUUUAAUGGAAGCACUAUUACAAUUACUUCUAUCUACCAUCAAUAAGAAAACAACGGUUCUGUGUUGUCUGCUAUUAUUUUAAAUUAACACAGCACCAAGUGUUUCCAUGCGUGUGGUAAAUAUCAAAGAUAAGCCAACAGACAAACUUACUUCUGCUAUACAUGGAUGGACAUUGCACACCAGUGUGUCUGGAGUAUGUAUGAAACCUUUUCACAUUUAAUUCUGCUGUGAUUCUGUGUAAAUGUCAGCUCAAGUGCGAAACAUAUACUUGGAAGGUUUCAUUUAGCAUCACCGGAGGAAGGGUUGCAGAAGUGUGAUCACCAUCACUUCUAUGUGCUCUUAUGUCUUCUAAAUAAAUUAGCAGAUAAUGCUAGCAGGUUGUAUUUUAGCUAAACAAAGUGUCUAUAUCUUCACACAAAGAAGAUGCAAUAUUAGGUUCAACACUUGAAGUGUAUUUUGUGAAAAUGCACCAAAGUUCCUUUAGAAAGCCUUGCUCAGACACUGUUUGUCUUUAAGCACACAAUUGUCGAUAUUUGUUGUUCGGAAUUUGGUCAUCCAUUUUCUACACAAAUCCUGUAAAAUUGUUUCAUUGUAUUGUUUAUAUUUGUGAUGCCAAAUGGAAUUAAAGUGCCCAUAAAAAGGA